AUGCAUCUGCUUCAGCUUCUGCUUCUGCUUCUGCGCCUGUGCCUGCACCUGCGUCUGCGCCUGCACCUGCGCCUGAGCCUGCGCCUGCACCUGUGCUUGCGUCUGCGUCUGCCUUCUGCAUUUGCGUCUGAAUCUUCGUUUUCGUCUUCAUCUUCGUCUGCGUCUGCGUCUGCGUCUGCGUCUGCGUCUUGGUCUGCGUCUGCGUCUGCAUCUUCGUCUGAGUCUCCGUUUGCCUCUUGGUCGUGGUCUGCGUCUGCUUCUGGGUCUGCGUCUUCGUCUGCGUCUGCGUCUGUGCCUGCGUCUUCGUCUGCGUCUGCGUCUACGUCUGCAUCUGUGUCUUCAUCUGCUUCUUCGUCUUGGUUUGCGUCUGCGUCUGCGUCUUCGUCUUCAUUGUGGUCUGCAUCUGCGUCUGCGUCUGCGCCUGCACCUUCGUCUGCGCCUUCUGUGCCUGCGCCUGCGCCUGCGCCUGCGCCUGCAUCUGCGUCUGCUUCUGCAUCUGCGUCUGCGUCUGCGUCUGCGUCUGCGUCUGCGUCUGCGUCUGCGUCUGCGCCUGCACCUUUUUCUGUGUCUGCGUCAUCGUCAUCGUCUGCGUCUGCGUCUGCUUCUUCAUCUGCGCCUGCAUCAUCGUCAUCGUCAUCGUCUGCGUCUGCGUCUGCGUCUGCGUCUGCGUCUGCGUCUGCGUCUGCGUCUGCGUCUGCUUCUGCGUCUGCGUCUGCGUCUUGGUCUGCGUCUGCGUUUGCGUCUGCGUCUGCGUCUGCGUCUGCGUCUGCGUCAGCGUCAGCGUCUGCGUCUGCGUCUGCGUCUGCGUCUUGGUCUUGGUCUGCGUCUGCGUCUGCGUCUGCGUCUUCGUCUGCGCCUGGGUCUUGGUCUGCGUCUGCGUCUGCGUCUGCGUCUGCGUCUGCGUCUGCAUCUGCGUCUGCGUCUGCGUCUGCGUCUUCCUCUGUGCCUGCGCCUUCGUCUGCGUCUGCGUCAUCGUCUGCGUCUGCACCUUCGUCUGCGUCUGCGCCUUCGUCUGCGCCUUCGUCUGCAGCUGCGUCUGCGUCUGCGUCUGCGUCUGCGUCUGCGUCUUCGUCUUCGUUGUGGUCUUCUGCGUCUGCGUCUGCGUCUGCGUCUGCGUCUGCGUCUGCGUCUGCGUCUGCGUCUUGGUCUGCGUCUGCGUCUGCGUCUGGGUCUGCGUCUGCAUCUUCGUCUGCGUCUCCGUUUGCCUCUUGGUCGUGGUCUGCGUCUGGGUCUGCGUCUUUGUCUGCGUCUGCGUCUGUGCCUGCGUCUUCAUCUGCGUCUGCGACAGCGUCUGCAUCUGUGUCUUCAUCUGCACCUUCGUUUGCGCCUGCGCCUGCGUCUGCGUCUGUGUCUUCAUCUGCUUCUUCGUCUUGGUCUGCGUCUGCGUCUGCGUCUUCGUCUUCAUUGUGGUUUUCAUCUGCGUCUGCGUCUGCGCCUGCACCUUCGUCUGCGCCUGCGCCUUCUGUGUCUGCGCCUGCGCCUGCGCCUGCGCCUGCAUCUGCGUCUGCGUCUGCAUCUGCGUCUGCGUCUGCGUCUGUGUCUGCGUCUGCGUCUGCGUCUGCGUCUGCGCCUGCACCUUUUUCUGUGUCUGCGUCAUCGUCAUCGUCUGCGUCUGCGUCUGCUUCUUCAUCUGCACCUGCGUCAUCGUCAUCGUCAUCGUCAUCGUCUGCGUCUGUGUCUGCGUCUGUGUCUGCGUCUGCUUCUGCGUCUGCGUCUGCGUCUUUGUCUGCGUCUUUGUCUGCGUCUGCGUCUGCGUCUGCGUCUGCGUCUGCGUCUGCGUCUGCGUCAGCUUCAGCGUCUGCGUCUGCGUCUGCGUCUGCGUCUGCGUCUGCGUCUGCGUCUUGGUCUUGGUCUUGGUCUUGGUCUGCGCCUUCGUCUGCGUCUGCGUCAUCGUCUGCGUCUGCACCUUCGUCUGCGUCUGCGUCUGCGCCUUCAUCUGCACCUGCGUCUGCGUCUGCGUCUGCGUCUGCGUCUGCGUCUGCGUCUGCGUCUGCGCCUGCACCUUUGUCUGUGUCUGCGUCAUCGUCAUCGUCUGCGUCUGCGUCUGCGUCUGCUUCUUCGUCUGCGCCUGCGUCAUCGUCAUCGUCAUCGUCAUCGUCAUCGUCUGCAUCUGCAUCUGCGUCUGCGUCUGCGUCUUCUGUGUCUGCGCCUGCGCCUGCGCCUGCGCCUGCAUCUGCGUCUGCGUCUGCAUCUGCGUCUGCGUCUGCGUCUGUGUCUGCGUCUGCGUCUGCGUCUGCGUCUGCGCCUGCACCUUUUUCUGUGUCUGCGUCAUCGUCAUCGUCUGCGUCUGCGUCUGCUUCUUCAUCUGCACCUGCGUCAUCGUCAUCGUCAUCGUCUGCGUCUGUGUCUGCGUCUGUGUCUGCGUCUGCUUCUGCGUCUGCGUCUGCGUCUUUGUCUGCGUCUUUGUCUGCGUCUGCGUCUGCGUCUGCGUCUGCGUCAGCGUCUGCGUCAGCGUCAGCGUCUGCGUCUGCGUCUGCGUCUGCGUCUGCGUCUGCGUCUGCGUCUGCGUCUUGGUCUUGGUCUUGGUCUUGGUCUGCGCCUUCGUCUGCGUCUGCGUCAUCGUCUGCGUCUGCACCUUCGUCUGCGUCUGCGUCUGCGCCUUCGUCUGCACCUGCGUCUGCGUCUGCGUCUGCGUCUGCGUCUGCGUCUGCGUCUGCGUCUGCGUCUGCGUCUGCGUCUGCGUCUGCGUCUUCGUCUUCUUCGUCUGCGCCUGCGUCAUCGUCAUCGUCAUCGUCAUCGUCAUCGUCUGCAUCUGCAUCUGCGUCUGCGUCUGCGUCUGCGUCUGCGUCUGCUGAACUUGCGUCUGCGUCUGCGUCUGCGUCUGCAUCUGCGUCUGCGUCUGCGCCUGCACCUUUUUCUGGGUCUGCGUCAUCGUCAUCGUCUGCGUCUGCGUCUGCUUUUUCUUCUGCGCCUGCGCCGUCUCCGUCUGCGUCUGCGCCUGCGCCUGCGCCUUCAUCUGCGUCUGCGUCAUCAUCUGCACCUUCAUCUGCGCCUGCGCCUGCGCCUGCGCCUGCGCCUUGUUCUGCGUCUGCGUCUGCGUCUGCGUCUGCGUCUGCGUCUGCGUCUGCGUCUGCGUCUGCGUCUGCGUCUGCGUCUGCGUCUGCGUCUGCUCCUUCUGCGUCUGCGUCUGCGUCUGCGUCUGCGUCUGCGUCUGCGUCUGCGUCAUCAUCUGUGUCUGCGUCUGCGUCUGCGUCUGCGUCUGCGUCUGCGUCUGCGUCUGCGUCUGCGUCUGCGUCUGCGUCUGACUCUGCGCCUGCACUUUCGUUUGCGCCUGCGCCUGCGUCUGCGUCUGAUUCUGAGUCUGCAUUUGCGUCUGAAUCUUCGUUUUCGUCUUCAUCUUCGUCUGCGUCUGCGUCUGCGUCUGCGUCUGCGUCUGCGUCUGCGUCUGCGUCUGCGUCUGCGUCUGCGUCUGCGUCUUGGUUUGCGUCUGCGUCUGCGUCUCCGUUUGCCUCUUGGUCGUGGUCUGCGUCUGCUUCUGGGUCUGCGUCUUCGUCUUCGUCUGCGUCUGUGCCUGCGCCUACGUCUGCGUCUGCGUCUGCGUCUGCGUCUGCGUCUGCGUCUGCGUCUUCUGCGUCUGCGUCUGCGUCUGCGUCUGCGUCUGCGUCUGCGUCUGCGUCUGCGUCAUCAUCUGUGUCUGCGUCUGCGUCUGCGUCUGCGUCUGCGUCUGCGUCUGCGUCUGCGUCUGCGUCUGCGUCUGCGUCUGCGUCUGCUCCUGCACUUUCGUUUGCGCCUGCGCCUGCGUCUGCGUCUGAUUCUGAGUCUGCAUUUGCGUCUGAAUCUUCGUUUUCGUCUUCAUCUUCGUCUGCCGUCUGCAUCUGUGUCUUCAUCUGCACCUUCGUUUGCGCCUGCGCCUGCGUCUGCGUCUGUGUCUUCAUCUGCUUCUUCGUCUUGGUCUGCGUCUGCGUCUGCGUCUUCGUCUUCAUUGUGGUUUUCAUCUGCGCCUGCGCCUGCGCCUCCUGCGCCUGA